AUGGAGCUCUCUUCAUUGUCCAACUGCCUUUGGGCUGCUGCAAAGCUGCAGGAAGCACAGCCAGAGGUCCUGAAAGCAGUGCCGUCGCUCGCCGAGGGCAUAGUUCAGAAAGUGGAAAGCAUGGACCCCAAAGCAAUUUCAAAUUGUCUUUGGGCUGCCGCCAAGCUGCACGAAUCAGAGCCGCACGUUCUCGAAGCUGUCCCAUCACUCGCCGAGGGCAUAGUGCAGAAGGUGGAGAGCAUGGACCCCCAGGCAAUUUCGAAUUGUCUUUGGGCGGCCACAUGUCUGCACGAGUCAGAGCCGCGGGUCCUUCAAGCUGUCCCAUCACUCGCCAAGUGCAUAGCGCAGAAGGCGGAGCGCAUGACCUCUCAGCAGUUGUCGAACUGUCUUUGGGCUGCUGCAAAGCUGCAAGAAGCAGAGCCGGAGGUCCUGCAGGCUGUGCCGUCGCUCGCAAAGUGCAUAGUGCAGAAGGUGGCGAGCAUGGACCCCUCUUCAUUGUCCAACUGCCUCUGGGCUGCCGCCAAGCUACAGGAAGCAGAGCCAGAGGUCCUGAAAGCGGUGCCGUCGUUCGCAAAGUGCAUGCUCCAGAAAGUGGAGAGCAUGGAGCCCUCUUCAUUGUCCAACUGCCUUUGGGCUGCUGCAACGCUGCAGGAAGCAGAGCCGGAGGUCCUGAAAGCUGUGCCAUCGCUCGCAAAGUGCAUAGCGCAGGAGGCGGAGCGCAUGACCUCUGCACAGUUGUCGAACUGCCUUUGGGCUGCUGCACGCCUGCACCUGUCAGAGGCAUCGGACGUCCCCAACUUCUUACCAUCGAUUGCCUCCAAGAUUCUUCGGACAGCAGCUGCCAUGGCAGUACGAGAUCUGGAGGCGUCCGCGUGGGCAGCGCGUGAGCUUGGCGAGUUCGACUUGGAAGCGGCGCUGCAAGGAGAGAUCGCGCGGCGCAACGUCUACAGUAGACUCUAG